CCAAAACCCAACAGCUGUAAAAAUAGAAAGAAAAAAAAUAAGAAAAAGCUCUGAAACCCUUUUACUGUCUUCUACUCUUCUUCGCUUUGAUUUCUAAAAUUCUUCCCGAUAAUCUGUUCAAUGGCGAAAUCUAAAGGCGAUAUAGCCUCCUCAGACCGAGCGAAGUGGAACAAAAUUUUCAAUUCCUUAGUACACUUGUUACAGAAACAGCAGAUUCAGCUUCAAUGUCUCGUCAAAGAAAGGAAAUUUCUUGAAGAUAGAAUUAAAUUGCAGCAUGAACGCUGGGUCUUUGAUGUUAAUCUCCUACAAGAUCAAAUUUCUGAGGUAAAAAUUUUGAUGUCGUGUUUUUUUCUUUUAUCCAAUUCUGCUCUUUAUUGUCACAAAAUUGAGUUUAGGGUUCUUACAAACAGUUGGGAUUUUUUUUUGUUUUUCGUGUUCAUUGGUGUUCAGAUGAAGAGGGAGUUCACUUCUCAAGAAAUGGAGCACGUGGUUGAGGAUACUAAAGCCGAUUUCAUAAUUGGGUUGAAGAUGAGGGAUGCUCUUGUUUAUAAGCAAAAGUUUGAGAAUUUGGACUCUGAAUUGGCUGACUUUAGGGAAUGGUUUGAGUACUUAUCUGAUAAAUGCUCCGGGGAAAAGGAUCCCUCUGAUGUCAAUGAAAAAGGAGGGGAGGAUCGCCUUGCAUUAGUGAAAAGUGCUGAAAUUGAUGCCCUGCUUGCUGAGAAGAACUUUGUUUGGAAUCAGUAUAGGCAAAUGGAGAGCAAUUUGAAUAGGCAGUUGAAUGAGAGGCGCACUGAAAUUGAGUCUGCAAAUGAGAAGAUACAGACGCUUUUAGCUAGCAUGGACAAAUUGCAAUCUUCUGAAUCUCGUAAGGAUAAUGUGAUUGAAAUGUUGAAAAGUGAUGUGGCCAAGCUGAAAUCUGAGUUAGUUAAAAAGGAUGAGGAUGCAUCCAGACUUGGUAAAGAAUUGGAGUCCUUAAAGAAAUCCAUGAAUAUGACACCUCUCUUACGCCACUGCUCAUCUCAGUCCACUACCACUCGCUCGAAAGGCAAGGAUGUGCGGACAAUGAUUGUGAAGAAAGAAUUGGAGUCUUCUUGUGGACUUCAAAAGGGAAGCAGAAGUUCCAAGAGGAAAAAAGCAAACUCUGAUGACACUGACACUCCCAGAUUGUUCAAUUCCUCCUUUAAAGUUCCUAAACUAAAGGGUUCUUCAUCCUCAGUAAUACAUAUACAUUGAUCUCCACAGCCAAUCUGUACUGCGGUUUAGUUUUGUGCAUUUAGUCUGUCUUCAAGUAUCUGCUGGUAUUUUCUAUUCAUUUUAGUUCCAUGUAUCGUUUGAUUAUUCGUUAAAUUAUAGGAAUCACAAAAAUGCGAAUCAAAUGUAUUCUCUUCAAAAAAGAAAAAAAAAUGUAUUCUAUGUACAUGUUAGAUGCUAGUGUUAGUGUAGUACCCUAAGGGGCUUUGGUUGAAUUACCUCCCCUGUAAUUCUUCCUUUCUUAGGUGAGUUUGAAAACAAACAUGUUUGUAUCAGUCUGAUGCUUGUAUUCAGAGAAUUUUUCACUGUUGUAUAACAGUUAGCAUGCAGUUUGAUUCGAAAAUUUAUUUGCAUUAUCCCGCCAUAUCCAGUUG